AUGGCGACGAUUCAUGACGAAAGGUUUGAGGGGUUUUGUUCCUCGGUCGAUAACGAACACGGUGGUGGUUUUGGUUCAUCGAUCAGACGUCAGACGGAAAGUUCUCGUGUAAGUUUGGAUGAAGUCUCACUAGAAGCAACCAGAUUUCAGCAGCUUCAACAAGUCAUGGAGAAGGUUAUCGGCAGUCAAGUUGUUGUGAAGGUUGUGAACAACAAGCUUGCCCCUCCUUUUAAGAAUGCUGAAUUCGAGCUCGAGUUUGGCAAGGGAAUAAGCGGGGAAGGUGAGAUCAUAGAUUUGGCUACGAAACACAAACUCGUAACAAAGUCUGUCGCGAUCUAUAGCUUCAACGACAAGAAACUCCACGGCAAGGAAGCCUUUAAAAGGUAUUUGGCUGAAAAUGGAAGUGCUCUCGAAGAACUUGAGAGUUGUGACGAAACUUGGAGAAAAAGCUACUUGAUGUCCCAAGAGGUAAUUGCAGCGACGCCGCUCCACAAGGCGAUGGAAUAUGAGACUGCCCGUCGACGGAGGAACUCCCCGGAGGAGAGGACCGUCAACGUCAACGAGCGUUUUUCUAUGGCGUUAUCUUCGAGAUUUACAAACACAAUUUCAGUUUGCCCCGUUUUCAUAGAUAAGGAUUUUUGA